UUGGGACAGAGACACUACGCAGAAACAUCGCUGUCUAAAUUUCUCAGAAUUUUUUUUUAUUUAAUUUGAUUUGUUUUCUUUGAAUUAUUUCUUGAAUUGCUUGACCCAUUUUCGGGGCUCCGACCCAAAAGGGUAGUUUAAUUUAAUCGAGUGGAUUUUUUGUUUGUUCCUUUGGUUCUCAAUUCUUUUUUUUGAUUUUUUUUCCCACUCGCCGGAGCAAAAAUGCUCUCUGGGUUUUCACAGGAACCGGCCGGAAUGUACUCCGCCAUUCCGGCGCUGCCGAUGGACGGCGGCGGGGGUAAGUUUCAGGGUUCUUUAGAUGGAACGAAUCUUCCCGGUGAUGCUUGUUUAGUUCUCACGUCGGAUCCGAAGCCGCGCCUCCGCUGGACGGCGGAGCUUCAUGAACGAUUCGUUGACGCCGUCACUCAGCUCGGCGGCCCAGACAAAGCAACUCCAAAAACAAUUAUGAGAACAAUGGGAGUAAAAGGUCUCACCCUUUAUCACUUAAAAUCACACCUACAGAAAUAUCGGCUCGGGAAACAAUCGUUCAAGGAAUCAACUGAGAACUCUAAGGAUGAGAGUCAAGAAACAAGUUCCUCGUCGUCACCGUCGUCGAGAAUAAUGGCACAGGAUCUGAAUGAUGGUUUCCAGGUUACGGAGGCUUUACGAGUGCAAAUGGAGGUUCAAAGAAGGCUGCACGAGCAGCUGGAGGUGCAGCGACAUCUUCAACUUCGCAUUGAAGCACAAGGCAAAUACUUGCAGUCGAUACUCGAACGGGCUUGUCAAGCGUUGAGUGAUCAGGCUGCAGCAUCUGCAGGACUCGAAGCUGCCAGAGAAGAGCUCUCUGAACUUGCAAUCAAAGUCUCCAAUGAUUCAAAAGAGAUGGCACCAUUGGAGACUCAGAAAGUGCUUCCCUUUUCAGAACUUGCUGCUGCUUUAGAAAAUCGAAAGGCUCCUACCGUUAUGCCACGAAUAGGCGAUUGCUCCAUGGAUAGCUGCCUGACAUCAGCUGGUAGCCCGGUUUCCCCAAUCGGAGUAGGAUCAACUGCCACCGCAAUGAAGAGACCAAGACCGGUCUUCAGUCAUGGAGAUUCAAUGGCUCUCGAGGGCAAUGCCCGGCAUGACGUCGAAUGGAUGAUGAGUAAUAUUGGAUGAAACUUAGGACUUUCCCUGUCUAAAAGUUCAGCCUUUUCUUCUAAUCUACGUCCUCUAGCUCAUCCAAAUGUGUUCACAUCUUUAAUGAAGUAUUAUACAAUCUGUUUUCUGGUUUGUAUAUUCUUUAUAAUCAGACUCUUUUUGCUGCUUGUAGUUUCUCUGAUCUUCAUUAUAGAGUGAUCUUCUUUUGCUUUUGGAAA